GGGAACGCUGAGCGCGAAUACAUAACUAGCCUGUGCUUGAGCAGGCCCUCCUCAAAAUCCAUCCAUACCAUCUCCCAUCCUUCAUACUCACAACAGCAAUAAAUAUCAUAACCAUGUCUGCCGCUUCCGACCGUAUUCAGAACAUCGCCGGCCACCUCACCGUCACUGGUGCUGGCAAGGCACCUAAGAGCCCCGACGAUGUUGUCAUCGUUGCUGCCCAGCGCACACCCCUUUGCAAAGGUGGAAAGGGUGCUUUCAAAGAGACCCAUCCCGAAUACCUCCUCUCUGUCGCUCUGAAGUCCGUCAUCGAGAAGACCGGUGUCGACCCCAGCAUCGUCCAGGACAUUCAAGUUGGAAACGUCUUGAUGCCAGGGGCCGGUGUGACCACGUCGCGUAUGGCUGCGCUCCACGCUGGAUACCCAGAAUCUGUUGCUCUCUCCGCUGUUAACAGGCAAUGCUCCAGCGGUCUCGCGACAUGUGGAAACAUUGCUGGUGCCAUCAAGGCCGGUUACAUCGAUGUCGGUGUCGGAGCUGGUGUCGAGUCUAUGACGAUGUACUACGGCCCUGGAGCCAUGCCCACUGACCUCGACGAGGAAAUCCUCGCGUACGGACCCUCCGCUGAUGUCUUGAUUCCCAUGGGUAUCACCUCCGAGAACGUUGCAAAGGAGUUCAAGAUUACCCGCGAGGCACAGGACAAGUUCGCGCUGAGGUCGCACACCUUGGCCUCGAAGGCACAGAAGGAAGGUCUCUUCGACGAGGAGAUCGUGCCCGUAAAGCUUCACGAUGGAACCGUCGUCACCAAGGACGACGGCAUCCGCGCCACCAACGCCGAGAACCUCGCAAAGCUGAGGCCCGCGUUCGGAAAGGAGGGAACCACUACCGCCGGAAACGCAUCUCAGAUCACCGACGGUGCCGCCGCUGUCCUCCUCAUGCGUCGCAGCGUUGCUGAGAAGCUCGGAUUAAAGGUUCUCGCCCGCUGGGUCGGAUACUCCGUCGUCGGUGUGCCACCUCGCAUCAUGGGAAUUGGACCGGAAAAGGCCAUCCCCGAAGUCUUGCGUCAAACCGGUCUCAAAAUCGAGGACAUUGACAUUUUCGAAAUCAACGAGGCCUUUGCGUCGCAAGCCGUGUACUGCGCCGAGAAGCUUAAGAUUCCCGCCGAGAAGAUCAACCCUAAGGGUGGAGCAAUAGCGUUUGGACACCCCAUGGGUGCCACUGGUGCCCGUCAAAUUGCGACAUUGCUGCCUGAGCUUCGUCGUCAACAUAAGAAAUUCGGCAUCGUGUCCAUGUGUGUCGGAAUUGGAAUGGGAGUCGCCGCCGUCAUCGAGAACGAAGUUUUGUAAAAACUGGAAAUUUAGGUAGUCUAUAGAAUUGGCGAACGAUAAGUGCGUAUCAAUAAGAUUAAGAUAAACUCGAGCAUGAUCAUGUGGUACUUCCAAGUUCCU